AUGGCCCUCCUCGGCCUGUUCAAGUCGGAGGAUGAGAAGCGCGCCGACGAGCUGCGCCAGGGCACCGCCGUCCCCAAGCGCGCCGAGCGCCAGCGCUGCUGGGACUCGCGCGACAAGUACUUUGCUUGCCUGGAUAAGGCCGGCAUCAUCGACGCCCUCAAGGACGAAAAGGCCGCAGCCAAGGCGUGCAAGGCUGAGAGCAACGAGUUUGAGCAAAAUUGCGCGGCGCAAUGGGUGACACAUUUCAAAAAGUACAGACUGGCAAACUACCAAAAGGAGCAGAGGUUAAAGGCCCUCGAGGCGCAGGGGGCCGUCAAGAUGGACUCCCAAGUCAACUUUAAGUAG